GCCAUUCACAAAACAAAAGCCUGAAGGCAUUCGACAUUCGAUGGUUACCAUCUUGAUCGCUUCCUCCAUCAAUCAAUCUCUCCUUCGCCAUAACUCCCACUCUCGUCUACGGUCAAAUCUUAUUGGGGACUAAUAUAAAAUUGGAUGUAAAAUGUGGGCCUAAUUGAUGACUUCCUCAUUAAGAAAAUGCACAAGUUCCAUCCUGAUCCGCCCUCGCCUGGAGAUUGUUAUUUGUUGGGAAGCUAAUUGGAUCAUAUCCAUCCGAGAAACCGACCCACGCGGCAAGAUCUGAGUAGUAAAUACAUGACUAACCAGCAACGCAUCCUGUUGUAAUGGAAUCUGACUACUUUCUCACAGUCAGACUCUUGCUUCCGUCUUCGUAAUCUUAAAGCCCGCCUAAGAACUUGUUUGUGAUCUGCAUCAGCCUUCGUCUUUCAAAGCCAAGUGCUCUUCCUCCUCAUGCUUCUUCGUCGUGUAUGCCAAUGCUUAGCAUGACAUAGUACAUCGGUGUUUUACGCUCUUUGACGGAUGAUUGGUUAUGCCUUAUAUUGUAGCAAUUGUUGGUGUUUACUUGGUGCCUCGGUCACUGACGGGUAAUGCUGGAGAAUUGUCGUGGUUGAAGGAGGGAGCUAAUUCUCAAAACCGCGCCGCUGAAUUUUAACAAUGAGAAGAGCUGGGUUUCACAGGCAGCAUGUGAGGCAAGGAGCUGGGGGAGGGUUGAAGGGGAUGGUUGUGAAACUAUCAAUUGCUGUUUUUGUAGCUUUGAUCUGUACAAUUUCAUUCUUGUUUUCCUCUACAAGCACUAAUAGUGGUCAAUCCAAGUACCGCUCGGAGAUCCGUAUAGAAGAACUUUGGAGUAAUGCUGAUUCUGGUGGCUGGCGGCCAUCAUCAGCUCCACGUUCUCAUUGGCCUCCUCCUCCCAGCGAGAGCAAUGGUUAUUUGCGUGUUCGGUGUAAUGGUGGCCUAAAUCAGCAGCGUAGCGCGAUCUCUAAUGCUGUUCUUGCUGCACGGAUCAUGAAUGCUACAUUAGUACUACCUGAGUUGGAUACAAACUCCUAUUGGCAUGAUGACGGUGGUUUUUAUGGUAUCUAUGAUGUUGAGCACUUCAUCAAGACAUUGAGGUUUGAUGUUAGAAUUGUUGAAAGAAUUCCAGAAAUUCACAAAAAUGGCAGGAAGAAGAAAAUAAAAGCAUUUCAGCUUCGGCCCCCAAGAGAUGCUCCUAAAAGUUGGUAUGCUGGUGUUGCUUUAGCAAAAAUGAAGGAACAUGGCGCCAUCUAUCUUACUCCCUUUUCACAUCGCUUAGCUGAGGAAAUCGACAAUCCUGAGUAUCAGCGAUUGAGAUGUAGAGUUAACUAUCAUGCGUUAAGAUUCAAGCCACAUAUUAUGAAACUGAGUCAAUCAAUAGUUGAUAAGCUACGCACACAAGGUCACUUCAUGUCCAUACAUCUUAGGUUUGAGAUGGAUAUGUUGGCAUUUGCUGGAUGCUUUGACAUAUUUGCUCCUGAGGACCAAAAGAUUCUGAGAAAGUAUCGAGAAGAAAAUUUUGCUCCUAAAAAGCUUGUCUACAGUGAAAGAAGGGCAAUUGGGAAAUGCCCAUUGACUCCUGAGGAGGUCGGUCUUAUUUUGCAUGCUCUGGGUUUUGACAAUUCUACCAGGAUAUAUCUAGCAGCUGGGGAACUAUUUGGUGGGGAUCAAUUCAUGAAACCAUUCCGAAGUUUGUUUCCGCGACUUGAGAAUCAUAGUUCUAUGGAACCCUCUGACGAGCUUGCUGAGAACACUAGAGGAUUGGCUGGUUCUGCAGUGGACUACAUGGUCUGUCUUCUGUCUGACAUUUUCAUGCCAACGUAUGAUGGCCCUAGCAACUUUGCAAACAACCUCCUUGGACAUCGCCUUUACUACGGCUUCCGGACUACGAUAAGACCUGAUAGAAAAGUUCUUGCUCCAAUAUUCAUCAAUAGGGAGGCUGGGCGCACGGCAGGUUUUGAGGAAGCUGUAAGGAGAGUCAUGCUCAAAACUAGUUUCGGCGAACCUCACAACCGUGUUCCGCCAGAGUCUUUCUACACAAAUUCUUGGCCUGAAUGCUUCUGCCAAACAUCUGCAAAGAACCCUGCGGACAAAUGCCCACCAAAUGAUAUUUUAGAAGUUCUGAACGGCCAGUUGCAACGAGAAGCAACAGACCGCUUGAAUUCAACACUAUCUUCGGCAGAUAUAUGAGUUGUUGCUAGCUUUGUGCUGAUGAUUUUUUUUUUUUUUUACUCCCAAAAUGUAAAGAAUUGAUUUCCUAUUUAUUAGAUUCAGAUUUUUUGGUGAUCUAUUUGUUUAAGAAGCCGUGUUGUACAUCGGAGGAGUGAUUUUGUUAUACAUGAAAGUACUGAUUUGUGUAUUAGCUUUUAGUUUCGUUUGGACCACAGUAGGAGGAUAACUGGUUUGGACUGGAGAAUCAAAUCAUGGAAACGCUUACAAAGGAAGCUUUGUAAUCUGCGUGCAUGAGGGAAGUAUUAGAUACAUGAGGAUAAAAGAUGGAAAAUGUCAGAUUUAUUUAUGUUGGAAAUUUGGUAUUCUGAAAGAAAAAAAUUUGCUGAUUUAUGAAUUUCAUUUUUACUUUAAGGUGGGGAUAUCUCUGAUUCUGUAAUAUUUAUCACUUUUUCUUUAGGUAUUGAUUUCUCAUUCACUGCCUGCAUAAGAGCUUCAACAUUAUUGUGGGACCUUGUUCCAUUUCAACCACUAAAGUUUGAGAAGCUGUUGGUUUGUAUAUGCAACUAAAUUUUCAAUAGGGUUCUUGGAGCAAUCCUAAUAACCUUCCUAGAGCUUCAAUUUGAAAAACUAAAUUAUACCUGGACUCGCAUUGGAUGAAAGGAAAGUGUUUGACUCAAGUAUUAAUUGCACAAGCCUUUUAUCCUAA